GCGUUGCAGGAAGUGGCAAACAAAGUUGAUUUCUGAAAAGGUUAGCUGGAAUUUUUCAUUCAACAGCUGCAUUGUAAGUUACCGUUGCUGACUGAUUCUUCCUGUGUUCCUGCACACGCGUGACGAUCAGCGUGACCUACCAUGUCUCGUGUCCGCCAGCCCCCCCUGGUCACGGGCAUCUCGCCCAAUGAGGGCACCUCAUGGACCAAGGUCACCAUCCGAGGAGAGAACCUGGGCACGGGUCCCGCUGACCUCGUUGGUCUGUCCAUAUGUGGUCACAACUGCUUGCUGACGGCUGAGUGGAUGUCAGCCAGUAAGAUAGUGUGUCGUGUGGGCCCAGCCAAAGACGAUAAGGGAGAGAUCAUCGUCACCACCAAGUCAGGAGGCCACGGCACCUCCACCGUCUCCUUCAAACUGCUCAAGGCUGAGAAGAUCGGUAUCCUGGACCAGUCUGCUGUGUGGGUGGAUGAGAUGAACUAUUACGACAUGAGAACCGACCGCUACAAAGGCAUCUCCCCCCUCUCCCUACGACCCAGCAAUCCGUUAGGCAUCGACUUUGACAAGGGUAAGGUCCCUCUGAAAGAUCUGGAGGCAUUGUUUCCAGGUGUGAGUGGAGAGUUCACCAGCGAGAACUUCUCAGCUACUUGGUACCUUAUCGAGAACCACUCUGUCACCAGUUUCGACCAGUUGCGUAUGGCAGCCAGUAACCUGAAGAAGCAGGCCACUAAAAAGAACGAGGGCAGUCUGGCCUAUGUGAAGGGAGGCCUCAGCACCUUCUUCGAGGCUCAGGAUGCUCUCGCAGGGUUGACGGAACUUGGCUCUCUUGAUGCAGCUAUACACCAGAGGUUGGAGUCAGACGGGACAGAAAGGGUGGAGGGCUCCAUGACACAACGCCUGGAGAAUGUUCUCAACAGAGCCAGUGAUACAGCAGACACUCUGUUCCAGGAGGUGUUGGGGCGGAAGGAUAAAGCUGACUCAACGCGGAAUGCCCUCAACGUCCUGCAGCGCUUCAAGUUCCUCUUCAACCUGCCGCUCAACAUCGAACGCAACAUACAGAAGGGAGAUUAUGACGUGGUGAUCAAUGACUAUGAGAAAGCCAAGUCUCUGUUCAGCAACACGGAGGUCUCGGUCUUUAAAAAAGUGUAUGCCGAGGUGGAGACGAGGAUCGGGGCUCUGAGGAGUCUGCUCCUGGACAAGCUACUGGAGACUCCUUCAACCCUGCAUGACCAGAAGAGAUACAUAAGGUACCUGUCUGACCUGCAUGCAUCAGGGGACCCUGCCUGGCAGUGUAUCUCCGCCCAGCACAAGUGGAUCCUCGGACUCAUGCAGAACUGCAAGGAGGAGUUUAUCAAUUACCAGAGAGAGAGAGGGAUGAGAGCUGCUGCUGUUGAUCCAGUGGGCUUGGGGGCCAUAGCCCUGGAUCUAGAGGGGGACCCUCGCCCAUCGGCUUUCAGUAGGAUCAGGGACACAGCUCCUCUGAGUAAGGGGGGCAUCUUGCAUACCCCUCGCCACAGCACCUGGCAUUAUGAGACACCCCAGCAGGUGCAGUUUGUGGAGAAGCUGUCGGACGUGGUGAUUGGCCAGCUGCCCAACUUCUGGAAGCUCUGGAUCUCCUACGUCAACGGCAGCCUCUUCAGCGAGACUGGAGAGAAAUCUGGCCAGGUUGAAAAGUCAAAGAAGAAUGCCAGGCAGAGACAGAACGACUUUAAGAAAAUGAUAGAGGAGGUGACUCAUCGCUUGGUGAAGCUGGUGAGAGGUGCUCUGCUCCCCUCCACCCUGACAGAGCUGGAGCUGAGAUUGUACGGUGGCUGGGAGAAUAAGACUGAGCUCACUGGACCCUGGCUCACUCAGGUCAUACACACCGUCAGAGUAAUUUUUGAGGCUCUGGUAGCUCUCGAGAUCCCCAAUGAUCUACUGCAGGUGAUCCAGGAUCUAUUGUUGGAGCUGAGACACCACUGUCUACUGGUCACCCUGCACCACACCGCAGAUGAUGUCAAAAGGGUUGCAGAGAAAGAGGACUGGGUCGUAGACAAUGAAGGAAUCACCAGCCUGCCGGCCCAGUUUGAGCAGUGCAUGGUGCAGAUGCUUCAGUCACUCAAAGAACCCAUGGAGACCAAACCUGGGGAGGUCAAUAUCCUCCAGUUGGAUCAGGACCAGGCCUCAGAGCUCUGUGUGGACAUCAUAAAGGUUCGAGAGCAGGUGGAAAAGCUCUGGAAGGACAUCAAUAAGGUGUUCAUCAACUGCCUGGAGCAGCUGAGCACUAAAACAGACAGAGACAUCGACACCUCACAUAUGUCUGUGGACCUGGCCUCUCCAAACUUGUUCAGUGGCAUUCAGGAGGACUUCUGUCCAACACUGGAGCAGCGUCUGCUGAUCAUCCUCAGUAACUGUCAGUACCUGGAGAAACACACCUUCCUUAAUCUGGCUGAACACUUUGAGAAACACGGAUUCACCGGGACUGAGAAGAUCACACGGGUGACUGUACAUGCGGUGAAGGAGCUGGAUGAGAGUUUGUUUGAUGCCUAUAUCGAGAGGAAGUCUGAUCCCAUCGUAGGAUCCCUGGAACCAGGCAUCUAUGCUGGACACUUCGACUGGAGGGACUGCAGUACACCCACAGGUGUGAGGAACUACCUGAAAGAAGCCUUGGUGAACAUCAUCACUGUCCAUGCAGAGGUCUUUACAGUGUCUAAGGACCUAGUUCCCAGGGUUUUGACUAGAAUCAUUGAGGGUGUGGCGGAAGAGAUGAGUCGCCUGAUGCAGUGUGUCUCCUCCUUCAGCAAGAACGGAGCCAUACAGGCCCGUUUGGAGAUAGAUUCUCUGAGAGAUGCUGUAGCCUCCUACCUGUCAUCUGAGAGCCACGCCAGCUUCAAGCAGGCUCUGGAGGUCCUUCCCCAGCUACACAACGGAGCAGACAAAAAGUUACUGGAGGAGCUGCUGAAUAAGUUUAAGAGCAGUAUGCAGCUCCAGCUCACCUGUUUCCAGCCCUCUAAUGUCCAGCCUGUCAAGAGAUGAGUCUGUACAAUGUCUCUUCAACAUUAAUAUAAUGGCACGAUAGUAUCUCUAUCUAUCAAAAAUGUGCAAUGCCUAUUUACUUGCACUCUCCUGGCUUUUUGUUAAAUUGUUAUAAGAUCUAGAAUGGAAAUUUGCACACUAGUCUUUUUCACGCUAAUCUCAUUAAUCUUAGAUAUGUACACUCAUUUUCUGAGUUAAUCUCACAGUUAAUCUGGGCAGCCCCUCUACUGUGGAAUCAUGCUAAUUAUGCUAUUGUUAGAUGGCCACUCAUCUAGAAAUCAGCAUCCAGUCCCUUGUAGGCAAGCUAGGUCAUGCUAGCCUGGUGUUCGUGACACCAGUUAACAUAUGUGGUCCCUGAUUUCUGUAUGUUCAUAAAGAAACUGCACAUGGUCAUUAUUAUGCUCUGUCCUCUUAUUACCGUCUCAAUUGCCAAAUAAAGACACAUUUACAUUA